AUGUCUCGCCCGACGUUCAACGACUCACCCGUUGGACCGGGGAACGCAGCGCCUGGCGAGCCGUAUUGGAUGGAAAGAGUCAACCAUCAGGGUGUGGCCGCGUUCAAUCCGAAGCCCGACGCGUACCAGGUCUUCAGGAAUGUGAAGGACUUCGGCGCAGUAGGCGACGGACGGGCGGACGAUACUGAGGCCAUCAAUGCGGCAAUGUCGUAUGGCGGGCGUUGUGGAGGCGGGAACUGCGAAUCUUCGACUGUCACUCCGGCCAUCUGCCUACUAUUACACCAACUCAUCGGCGACGCGCGAGCACCGCCUACUCUCCUCGCCGGCUCCAACUUCAGCGGGAUGGCCGUCAUUGACGCAGACCCGUACAUCCCCGGAGGUGGCGGCGCGCAAUGGUACAUCAACCAGAACAACUUCUUCCGGAGCGUGCGCAACUUUGUAAUCGACACCCGGCGCGUGCCCGAUCACGUCUCCGCGACGGGGAUCCACUGGCAGGUCUCGCAGGCGACGAGCUUGAUGAACAUCCGCUUCGUGAUGAGCGAUCGCAAGGGGAAUGCUCACCAGGGCAUCUGGAUGGAGAACGGUAGCGGCGGUUACAUGGGAGGUAAGUUCGGGAUGUGGGUCGGGAACCAGCAGUUCACCGUACGGAACGUCACUAUGACCAACUGCGAGACCGCCGUGUAUGGAAUGUGGAACUGGGUCAACAACUGCCAAGUCGGCUUCGACCUGAAGACAGGCGGGACGACGUCAGACACGCAGACGGUCGGCGCCGAGGCGAUCAUCGACGCCGUAGUCUCGAACACACCGGUCUUCGUGCGGUCGUCCGUGCACACGACGUCCCUCGCGGGCUCGCUCGUGCUCAACAACGUCCAGCUGACCAAUGUGCCCGUUGCCAGCUGGGUGCAGGGCAACGUGUACGAGGGUGCGAACGGCGCGAGGAGGUUCGUGCAGGGCCAUCGUGAAGCGCCCGUGAAGGCGAAGAGCGUGCUCGACGCGGGAGGGAAGGUGUUUGGCCGGAUGCACCCGCAGUAUGAAGACUAUGGGGUGGACCAGAUCGUCAGUGCGAAGAGCCUGGGUGCGAAGGGCGACGGACGGACGGACGACACUCGGGCGCUGCAGCGCAUCUUCAACGAGGUGCGUUUACGCGGGAAAGAAGAUCAUAUUCUCGACCACGGGACGUACUACAUUACGGACACGCUGUUCAUCCCGGCGGGCACGCAGCUCGUUGGGGAGGCGUGGACUCCCGCGGUGAUGGUGCGGGCGGGUGAGCGUGGCUCCAAGGGUAUCCUGGAGAUUUCGGAUAUCGUGUUCGCUACGAGGGGGCCGGCGCCUGGCGCGAUCGUCCUGGAGUGGAAUGUUCAUUCGGACGUGCAGGGUGGUGCAGGAAUGUGGGAUAGUCACAUCCGGUCGGCGGGAACAAACCUGGAACGCGCGCAGUGCCCUCUGCAGCCGAAUUCUGAUCAGUGCUAUGCGGCAUUCCUUGCAAUGCAUCUGACGCCACAAUCGAAUGCCUACUUGGAGGGCACAUGGGUUUGGCUUGCGGAUCACGACUUAGACGGCGACGGCAAGUCGCAGAUCACGGUAUACAGCGGUCGAGGUGUUUUGUCCGAGUCGCAAGGACCCGUGUGGAUGGUUGGAACUGCUGAGCAUCACACGCUGUAUCAAUACAACUUCGUCAAUGCUCGGGACCACUAUCUGGGGCUAUUGCAGACGGAAUCUCCGUAUUACCAGCCAUCCCCACCUCCUCCCGCGCCGUUCGCUAUCGAGAGCCGGUACAAAGAUCCGACCUUCCCUUCAGGCCAAUCGUCCGCCUGGGCGGUCAACGUGCAGGACUCGCACGGCAUCUUGAUCUUCGGUGCUGGCUUGUACAGCUUCUUCAGUAGCUAUGGCCAGGCCUGCCUCAAAGACUCGUCGUGCCAGAGUCAACUACUCAACAUCGACGCACAGUCGUCCAUAAGCGUUUACAGCCUGUCGACGGUGGGAGUGACGCAUCAGCUCAGUGUGGGCGGCCGUGGGAUCGUUCCUUCAUAUGAGAACCAAAAUGGAUUCCAGUCUACUAUGACUGCUUGGACAAGGUGA